AUGGGUUUACACGGGCCAGUCCUUUAUAAAAAAAAAGCUUGAGUGAAGAUUCCAUUCUGCAAGUGUGUUGUCUGCAAAACAGCAGCACAAUUAGUGCUACAAGCUACAACAAGUAAAAGAUUUAUCAUUAAAAUUUUUAUCAUUUUUAAAAGAGGCCAAUACUGAAUAAAAUAUCUGCUCGGAUUCAUUGUACAACUAAAGCAUGGAGAAUGGAUCAGUGGUGACGUCAUUCAUAUUGAAGGCAUACACUGAACUGGAGGACCAUAGAUAUCUAUACUUCACAGGUUUCCUGUUAUUAAUCAUCCUUUUGUUAUUCACCAAUACAAUCCUUAUUACAGUAAUUUACAUUGAGCGAGGUCUCCAUGAACCCAUGUACUUUUUUAUGUGUAAUUUAGCAGUGAAUGGAAUUUAUGGCAGUAUAUCUCUAUUACCAUCAAUACUUAGAUAUUUAAUGUCUCAUACAUAUGAAAUAUCUCUGACUGCUUGUCUUUUACAGAUCUUUUGUAUACACACACAUACUGCAGUUGAAUUUUGUAUUUUAGCAGUGAUGGGCUAUGACCGAUAUGUUGCCACUUGUCGUCCACUACACUAUCACCAAUCAAUGUCUCAUAGAAGAGUGUGGACACUCAUUGCAUUAUCUUGGAUUUAUCCAAAUAUUAUUUUUGGGCUGUACUUCAUAUUAACGGUACAACGUACAUUUUGUGAAACGAUCAUAGAAAAGUUGCAUUGUAUGAACUUUUCAUUAGUCAAACUGUCUUGUCUUCAAAUCUCUAUUCAGAGCAUAGUUGGCUCUGUUGUAACUGUUUUUUUACUUGCUCCACAUUUGUUCAUGAUAUUAUUUUCAUAUGCACAAAUAUUCAGAAUCUGCCUGUCUGCUUCUAAAGAAUGUCAGACCAAAGCUAUUCAAACAUGCACCCCACACCUACUGGCUGUUAUUAACUAUGUCGUGGGGUUAUUAUUUGAAUUUAUCCAGGAUCGUUUCAACAUGAGUCAUGUACCUUAUAAAGCUCGCAUAUUCAUGUCUCUUUAUUUUCUGAUAAUUCCCCCAUUGUUUAAUCCUGUCAUUUAUGGAAUUAGGAUUCAAGCCAUACGAGUUCAGAUUUUCAAACUGUUCAGUCCAAGAAAAAGAACUUAACUCCACUGCAAGGGGUUGAUGAAAUAGUCUCAUGCCAAUGUAAUUAUUUAAGCAUAUUAUUGAGCCAAUAAACCAAAACAAGCUCAAAUGGAAUUCCAGUGGGUGGCAGGAUCAAUGAACAGUAUGAACACUGGUCUGGGUGAUUUAACCUCAACAAAGGAUAAUUUUGUCAAUAUUUGCAGAUGUGGCAACAUGAGAAGAAAGCUUAAUUUCGAAGUGUUCAGGCUCCCGUUCCCUCCAUUUGCAUUUUAGAAUUGAUUAGACACUGUAAAACUGUUUUGUAUAGAUCUCUGUUAUAUAAAUUGAGUAAAAUAACAUAAUUGUCAUGACAUUAGAUAUAAUCAUCAUUUGAUUACAAAUGUGAGUAGACGGAAAAUGUAUUCAUGGUUUGAUUAGAUAUUGGUAGUUGUUAUUUUUGGUAAUUGUUAUUUUUAAAUAAAUACCUUCUACAAAUAAUGUAUUGUUUCUCGAUGGCUUCUUAUUAAAUAAUAAAAUUAAUUGUUUUCUGCCACUUGACAUAAAUUACUUUCAUUCAUAGAACACCAGAAAAAUUCUAUCAGUUUAUUGACAGUAAUAAAGUAAAUAUUUAUCUUCAUUAAUAAUAAGACAGCUUUUUCUCUUUUUUUUUGCAACAGAAGACAUUUCAAAUGUGUAAUUGAACUAGGUCUUAAGUGAAGCCACAGAAAGAAACAUUUGCCAAAAAAACUACAAAACAUUCCCUUUCCUUCCUUGGUGAUCCAAAAGGUUUCAACAAUUCUCACAGCUAUUUUCUCGUCAAUAGCUUUGAAUUCACUGGCAUAUGCACUUUUGCAUUCCAAUAUGUCACUUCACAUAUUAUUCACAUUAUUAAUGGAAAACUCCAGGGUAAAACAUGUUUACAUUGUUAUAAUAUGCCUGUUUGUAAAACGUACUUAUCUUAUUCAAUACCUAUUUCAGCCUGCACUUAGAGUAGCAAAGCUGAGGAUUUGUGAGAAGGCUACAGAAACUGAGCAAAUAUUCCAUACAUUUAACUAAAUGUUUCAUGCAUUUAGUUGAAUAUUUAGCUAAAUGCUUUAUACCUUUAGUAACUGUUACAUUUACCUUAUAAUUUUAGGAUAGUUCAUUUAAUAUUUACUGUCAUUUCAAAGAUCAUAUACGUAGAAAAAAGGGACAUUAUUUGUUAAGUGUGAGAAAUAAAGAGAUACUCUGUUUAAAUGUGGUAAAAAAUGCAUGGUAAAAUAAUAGGGUAACUGGAAACGUUUAUUGCCAUUACAAUAUGGUAUGAACAUUAAGAAAAUAAAACUUGCUUGCACAAUUUUAAAACAGUGGCAAAACAAAUUGUCCAUUAAUAUUCUACAGAGACCACCCAAUCACAAUCCUCGGGAGAACUGCGUAAUUAUAUCUGUUGUAUCGCUAAGUAGCCCAGCUAUGACAUCACCAGCUGUUUACAGCUGCUGCAUUUACAUGGGCCAGGCCUUUAUAAAAAGCUGAAAAAAGACUCCGCUCCACAAGUGUGUUGUCUGAAGUGUGUUGUCUGCAGAAAACCACAUGAUCAGCAGGACCACUUACUACAUGCAAAGAAAUGACCAUUUUAAAGGAGGCCAAUACUAAGUGAAAUAUCUGCUGGCAGGACAACCAGACCAUGGAGAAUGUAUCAGUGGUGACGUCAUUCAUAUUGCAGCCAUUUACUGAACUGGAAGACCACAGAUAUUUAUACUUCACAAGUUUCCUGUUAUUGUUCAUGCUUAUGGUAUUAACAAAUUUAAUUCUCAUUACAGUAAUUUACAUUGACAGAGGUCUCCAUGAACCCAUGUAUUUUUUAAUAUGUAAUUUAGCAAUGAAUGGAAUUUAUGGCAGUUUAUCUUUAUUCCCAUCGGUACUUGUUAAUUUAAUGUCUCAUACUUAUGAAAUAUCUCUGACUGCUUGCCUUUUACAGAUCUUUUGUAUACACACAUAUGCUGCAGUUGAAUUUAGUAGUUUAGCAGUGAUGGGCUAUGACCGGUUCGUUGCCAUUUGUCAUCCAUUACACUAUCACCAAUUAAUGUCUCAUAGAAAAGUGUGCACCCUUAUGGCAUUAUCCUGGAUUUAUCCUUGCAUUCUUUUUGGACUUUAUUUCAUAUUAACUGUACAGCGGACAUUUUGUGCCAGGAUCAUAGAAAAAGUGUAUUGUGUGAAUUUUGAAUUAGUCAAACUGUCUUGUUUCGAAACUACUAUUCAGAGCAAAGUUGGCUUCGUCGUAACUAUUUUUGUAAUUGUUCCACAGCUGAUCAUGAUACUAUUUUCCUAUGCACAGAUACUCAGAAUCUGCCUGCUUGCUUCUAAGGAAUCUCAGGCCAAAGCUAUUCAAACAUGCACCCCGCACAUACUGGCUGUGAUUAACAAUGCAGUGGGUAUACUCUUUGAAAUCAUGCAGACUCGUUUCAACGUGAGUCAUAUACCUAAUAAAGCUCUCAUAUUCAUGUCCCUUUACGUUAUGAUAUUUCCCCCAUUGUUUAAUCCUGUCAUUUAUGGAAUUAGCAUUCAAACAAUCAGGGCCCAGAUUGUCAAACUGUUUAGUGCUAAAUAACUUGACUUCACCUGAGGUGAUGAUGACCUAGUCGCAUGUUUAAUUCUUUAACACAUGUAAGCCAAUUACCUAAAAAUGCAAUGCAAAGUCUGCACGCUGGUUCCUUUGUAGCAUGACAAGAAAGCUGUUAUUAUUCCUGCCAGGAGCACUCAAGCCCUUUUCCCAUUUUUAUUUUAUAAAUUCGCAGACACUCUGACUCAGAGACCAAAACACCAGUUACUUGGUAAUUAUUGAAUCACAUUUGAUGUCUAUUUUACAAUAUUUUUAAAUAAAGCUGUCCUUGAUUUUGUUUUCA